AAUAUACAAUGUAUGGUUUAAUUAUUAAAUUAGGCCAAGUUAAUAACAGGAUUAAUGAACUAGAAUACUGAAAUGAAGAAAUAAACGAACUACAGAAAAACAAAAUGUUCACAAUACAAAUAUGAUUAUACAUGUACAAAGAAUAAAAUGAGAUGAAAUCAAACACAUAGGUUUCACUAGCUUACAUACAAGUAACAAAUCAUACUAAUAACAAAUAUUUAUAAAUUUCUGAAACUGAAUAUCAGGAACUCUUGAAUGCAGAAGUGUAUUGUGAUUAAAAGUGACCACCAACAAAAAAAUACUCAACAGAAAUAAAAGUCAAACUGCAUAACACCAAUAAAAAGAAAAAAAUCUUUAAACCCUUGAGAGAGAAAAGAAGAGAGAACCAACAAAGGUGAGAGCAAAGUCUCCACAGCCUGUGUUCAGCCAGAAAACAGAGAAAUAAGUAAGAGUGCUGAGAGAAGUUACUGUUCAACCAAUAAUUAGAUACUUCACUAACAUAUUUUGAAUAAGUAAGGAUGCACUAAAAUGAUUUCCAAAAGUAAAUAAAUGAGAAAUCUUAUUACCAAUAUGAGGUUAUUAAGAAUAUACUUCAAAAAGAAAAAAAUUAAAAUGAAGUUCAAGAAAUCAAAAUGAAAUGCAAGAAACUGCAAACAUACUGGGCUAUGAAAUCAUGGUGGACAAUGAACUAAAGGAUCCAUCAAGUCUUUGGCAGCAUCAGUUUCCAAAUGAUUUACAUAAAAUAACAGUGUUUGCAAUGAAAUAAAAUAUCAAAUCCUCUGAUACUUGAAUAAUUUAACUGAUGUUAGAAUCUCCUUUUCAGGUAAUUAUUUUCAUAGAAAAAAUAUACAAUACUUCUGUCUCAUCAUUUGCAGAAUAUCAAUUAUCCUUUUUUCAGACCUUAUUAGCACCAAAGGGCUCACAGUGGCAUAGGCACUGGUCACACGCCUCUGGACACCCAGGACAACUGGGUCAUAUGUUGAUAUCAGGAUUGAGUAGGAUGAGAGACUCAAAUCCAUCUGGUACAUGACCACAAAGAAACUCACCAAGAGCAAGAUGGUCUCUGUGGCCUUUUUCUGGAGAAACUCUUGGGGAGAGUCUGGUGCUGUGAAGGUGCUGGGAUCACCACUGAUGCCUGCACAAGAGAGUCACCAUGUAUGCACUGGAGAGCAGCAUAAUUCCCACAAAGGACACAUCUCUGGAUAAUGAGAGAGUAAGAAAAAUAAGGUGGCUGAUGAUGACUUCCUUGGGGAAAUGAGGCAGUAUUUAUUGAGUGUCAGAAAACUGGUGUGAGUCGUAUUGGAAGAAACCACAGUGUAGAAGAUUAUGUAACUACUGCAGGACAAACUGAAGGACCAUAAGAAGACAAGAACAUGUGAAAUGUGAUUUGUGAAUUUAUAUUUAAACCUCACCAACCAGGAGGUCCUGGGGCUGAUGAUGAUGGCCUGGAGCAUGCUCAGGAGGCAGGUGAUGCAGAUGGAGAGUCCCUCAUCACCCCGCUCACCUAGAAAUGCAUCUUGCACUUGAAGUCAUCUUGAAAAUGAAGGGACUUAAAAAGGUCUCGAGACACCAAGAACACAAUGGUGAGCAGCAUCAUGAUGUGGACGAGGUCCAAGUGACUGGUGGUCAGGUCAGUGAGCUUGAGAUCCAGAAGGAGGGUCAUGAUACAAGAGAAAAAGAGGAGGAUGUUGGUGGAGACUCCAACAUCAGCUUGGACAAAGAAGGCACUUUUGAAUGAUAACGUUAAGUGGAAACUGUUCAUUUUAAUGGCAAAUAGGAAAUAUUUUAUGUAGCUGAAAAAAACAACCAACAUCAUCAAUGUUACUUCAAAUUCAAAAUUAUCACCGUCAUUAUCAUUUUAAAUCCAUGCAUUCAUUUUGAUUAAUGUUGAUCAUCACAUAUAAAUUCUUAAACAUCCAGCCUGAUCAUUAUAUGAUCAACCAAAUUAACAUAGUUGAGCGAACACGCACACAUUCACAGUCACACCUGUAGAGGGCGCACAUUAUCUGUACUCCUAUAGUACCAAGGACACACUUUUUUAGUAAGCAUUUAGUUUUCACUUUUUGCAUUCCUUCAUUUAGUUUUCACCACCCAGAACUGUGACAUGGUGAAUCAUGGGUGACAUGGGUAUGAAUCAUGGGUGUUUGUAGAACUGAAGUAGAUUUUGUGCUAAUGGAAAAAGCAAUCACCAUAAGUAUUUUGGAAAAAAAUAAUAAUGCAUUGAGUGGCUGUCAUAUCACAUCACUCUGACAUCAUGCUGAAUAUCACAUUCAUGCAUGCAACGUUUCAUGUAUCCUAUAAAAAUUAUAUAACAGACACAUAGCAGAAGGUGUUCUUUUCAGAUAGUUUUGUGAUAGCAAAAAAAAAAAAAAAUCUCCCUAUUAGCAAUUAGUAUAAUAGGAUUAAACGUAGUUUUAUUACGGUCCGCUACUAAAAUCUUCUUAAUGUGAAGUAUAUUGAAAGUCUUGGGAGCGCGCCGGGCCGGCCCCGCGGUGGGGUCGCUUGGGGACGCACGCGGGUGGACUAGGGGACCGAGCCCAGGCGCCCAUGACCCGGGCCGCGACAGCCGAGCCGGGCCGCGUGUCUCCCGCCUCGCCCGCGCGCAGCACGGCGGGCCUGCCGCGCGCCUUCCUGCAGAGCCUGCGCACCCUGUUAGACAUCCUGGACGACUGGCAGCGCGGCUGCGUGCACCUGCGAGAGAUCCAGUCCCGCUGGGUCGAAGCGCGGGAGCUGCCAAGCGGGGUGCUGGAGGGCCUGAGCCAGGUGACCCCAGCCAGCGGCUACCUAACCUUCCAGCGCUUCGUGGCCGGCCUACGCACCUCGCUGCUGAGAGCCGACGGCAGCACCCCGGACCAGGCGCCGCCGCCGCCGCCGCCGCCGCCUCCGCCUCCGCCGCCGCCUCCGCCUCCGCCCCCGCCCCCGCAGCGCCUGGUGUUUGCAUCGGCGGACGAUCUGCUGACGGUCCUGGAGAGGAAGCCCCUGUCCCUGGGCGUUCGCGCCCCUCUGGCCUGUCCCAGCGGCGCGGGCCGCAGCCGGGAGCAGCUGUACGCUCCCGCCGAGGCGGCGCAGUGCCCCGCGGGGCCCGAGCGGUUCCAGAGCGCUGCGCUGGAACGGAGACCCGGCGCGGACGCAGGUGCAGCGGCCUGCAGCGCCUUGGAGGCGGAUUCAGGGGAUGCCCGGCGGACCCGUGCCCGAGGGGAACACCGGAGGCACACCAUCACCAGCGGCGUGGACUGCGGCCUGCUGAAGCAGAUGAAGGAGCUGGACCAGGAGAAGGAGGUGCUGCUGCAGGGUUUGGAGAUGAUGGCGCAGGGCCGCGAUUGGUACCAGCAGCAGCUGCAACAAGUGCAGGAGCGCCAGUGCCGCCUGGGCCAGAGCAGAGCCAGCGCCGACUUUGGGGCCGUGGGGAGCCCUCGCCCACUGGGACGGCUACUGCCCAAGGUACAGGAGGUGGCCCGGUGGCUGGGGGAGCUGCUGGCUGAGGCCUGUGCCGGUCGGGCCCUGCCCACAUCCUCCUCCGGGCCCCCUUGCUCUGCCCUGACGUCCACCUCGUCCCCGGGCUGGCAGCAGCAGAUCAUCCUCAUGCUGAAGGAGCAGAACCGACUCCUCACCCAGGAGGUGACCGAGAAGAGUGAGCGCAUCACGCAGCUGGAGCAGGAGAAGUCGGCGCUCAUUAAGCAGCUGUUUGAGGCCCGCGCCCUGAGCCAGCAGGAUGGGGGUCCUCUGGACUCCACCUUUAUCUUUCCCGUGUGGGCUGAGCCGGCCCCCCCAGGGCCGGCCUGGCACUCAGCCCUUCGAGGGCGGGCGCUUCGUCGCACCCAACCUCUCUGGCUGGAGACCCCCGGCAGGCCCAGGAAGUUCAGGAGUGGGCGCCUUCCUGCCCGUCUUGCCAUCCGGGCUCCCCAGGCCUGUCCCCGGCUGGCCCCCACAUCUAGCCCUUGA